AUGGCUUUCACGCUGCUGAAGCUGCGCCGAUCGGUGAUCACUUUGCAUGAAGUUGUCGAGGAGAAGCCAAACUCAAAAGCGUCGACCGAGGAAGCCAUCGAGAAUGAUGAAGAGGAGGAAGAAGAGAAGGAUAUCGAUACUCUGAUCGAGGAACUGGAAUCUGUCGAUGGCUUCGCUGACCUUCGAACGCUAGAGUCAACCCACACCAUCGGUCGACAUCCGGUGUCAGACGAGUUGCUUCACACAGACUCGAAUAUCGGCCUCAGUACGAAUGAAGCACUUCUACGACGAAAGAAGUUCGGGCUCAACGAGAUGAAGGAGGGGAAGGAGAAUCUAGUCUUGAAGUUCCUGUGGUUCUUCGUUGGUCCUGUUCAGUUCGUUAUGGAGGCAGCCGCGUUAUUAGCUGCCUAUCUCCACGACUGGGUCGAUUUGGGGGUUAUCUGCGGUCUUCUCCUGUUGAACGCCUCUGUCGGAUUCAUACAGGAAUAUCAAGCGGGUUCCAUCGUAAAAGAGCUGAAGAAGACAUUGGCUCUAAAAGCUUUAGUACUGCGCGAUGGUGCCCUCUCUGAGCUCGAUGCGGCCCAACUUGUUCCAGGUGACAUUGUGAAGAUAGAAGAGGGCACGAUCGUUCCGGCGGACGGCCGAAUCAUGACAAAUUCUGCUAUACAAGUCGAUCAAUCAUCAAUCACCGGAGAGUCCCUAGCUGUCGACAAGCAUACGGGUGAUACAUGUUAUGCGUCCUCCACUAUCAAACGAGGUCAUGCUCGAAUUCUUAUCACGGCUACCGGUGAUUCAACCUCCGUGGGGCAUGCUGCAGCCUUAGUCAAUGCCUCUGCCUCUGGAACAGGCCAUUUCACUGAGGUCCUUCAUGGGAUAAGUACCAUCUUACUUGUCCUUGUUAUUAUCACUCUUAUCAUCGUUUGGAUAUCCUCCUUCUAUCGGUCAAACAAUACGACCACCAUUCUCGAAUUCACCCUAGCCGUCACAAUGAUUGGCGUACCGGUAGGCCUCCCUGCAGUUGUCACCACCACAAUGGCAGUCGGAGCGGCAUAUCUGGCAAAAAAAAGAGCGAUCGUUCAGAGACUGUCGGCCAUUGAAUCUCUCGCUGGCGUUGAGAUACUCUGCUCAGACAAAACCGGCACCUUGACCAAAAAUAAGCUGUCUUUGAUGGAGCCCUUUACUGUGCCUGGUGUGAGUGCUGAAGACUUAAUGCUGACGGCCUGCCUGGCCGCAUCCAGGACGAAGAAGGGCAUGGAUGCAAUAGACAGAGCAUUUUUCCGAGCGCUAUCUCAGUACCCUGGUGCAAAAGCAAAGCUUACACAGUACAAAGUUAUCGAGUUCUCUCCGUUUGAUCCAGUCUCGAAGAAAGUCAAAGCAGUAGUACAGUCAGCCCUAGGGGAACGCAUCACUUGUGUGAAAGGGUCUCCUCUGUUUGUGCUGAGGACCGUCCAGCAAGACCAUGACAUCCCUGAGGAGAUCGACAUCGCGUACAAGAACAAGGUCGCAGAGUUUGCGACGCGCGGCUUUCGAUCUCUUGGUGUGGCUCGAAAACGUGGUGAGGGUGAAUGGGAGAUUCUAGGUAUAAUGCCGUGUUCCGAUCCUCCAAGACACGACACUGCAAAAACCAUCAGCGAAGCUCAGACUCUAGGGCUCUCAAUCAAAAUGCUCACAGGAGAUGCGGUUGGCAUUGCUCGUGAAACCUCGCGCCAGCUGGGGCUAGGCACAAAUGUGUACAAUGCCGAGCGCCUUGGUUUGGGUGGAGGGGGAACAAUGCCUGGCUCCGAGGUGUAUGAUUUUGUCGAAGCCGCCGAUGGUUUCGCAGAAGUUUUUCCAGAGCACAAGUACAAUGUUGUGGAUAUCCUGCAGCAGCGCGGAUACCUGGUAGCCAUGACGGGCGAUGGCGUCAACGAUGCUCCAUCUCUGAAGAAAGCUGACACUGGGAUCGCUGUUGAAGGAUCAUCAGAUGCUGCUCGGUCUGCCGCUGAUAUCGUGUUUCUCGCCCCAGGUCUGUCCGCUAUCAUUGACGCUGUGAAAACUUCUCGGCAGAUUUUCCACCGCAUGUAUGCGUACGUUGUUUAUCGUAUCGCUCUCUCGUUGCAUCUUGAAAUCUUCUUAGGGCUUUGGAUUGCCAUCCGCAAUGAAAGUCUGAAUUUGCAACUGGUGGUUUUCAUUGCUAUCUUCGCUGAUAUUGCAACUUUGGCCAUCGCCUACGACAAAGCUCCUUUUUCCAGCACGCCGGUGAAAUGGAACCUCCCUAAAUUAUGGGGAAUGUCGGUGCUGCUUGGGAUUGUCCUUGCCAUCGGCACAUGGGUCACACUCACCACCAUCUUAGCAUCCGGCGAGAAUGGAGGCAUCAUGCAGAAUUACGGCAAGCGAGACGAGGUUCUAUUCUUGGAGAUUUCAUUGACCGAAAACUGGCUCAUAUUCAUCACGCGCGCCAAUGGUGCCUUUUGGUCUUCUGGGUGGCCGUCCUGGAAACUGAUAGGCGCUAUCGCAGCCGUGGACACCGUCGCUACGUGCUUCUGUGCCUUCGGCUGGUUUGUCGGUGGGCAGACCUCUGCCCCUACCAUUGUCCGGAUCUGGAUCUUUUCAUUUGGUAUGUUCUGUAUCAUGGGAGGGUUGUACUACCUGCUUCAAGGCUCGAAGAGCUUCGACAAUAUAAUGCACGGCAAGAGCCCCCGAAGCAUGGACAAACAGCGCUCGCUCGAAGAUUUCCUUGUUGCGUUGCAACGCGUGUCUUCCCAGCAUGAAAAGAGCUCGUUGACCAGUAUGGAGAGUGGACAGGCUACCCGUGGUGUUUGA